AUCACCAUCACCACCUCCACCUCCAUCAGCACAAGAACUUCCACCAGCCCCUCCAUAAGCAUAACCACCUCCACCCCCAUCACCACCUCCACCAGCACCUCCAUGAGCACAACCACCUCCAUCAGCACCUCCAUCAGCACAAGCACCUCCACCAGCACCUCCAUCAGAACAGCCACCCUCAUCACUACCUCCACCAGCACCUCCACCCCCAUCACCACCUCCACCAGCACCUCCAUGAACACAACCACCUCCAUCAACACCUCCACCUCCAUCAGCACCCCCACCUCCAUCAGUACCUCCAACAGCACAACCAUCUCCUAUAGCACCUCCACCUCCACCAGCUCCUCCAUCAGCACCUCCAUCAGCACAAGCACCUCCACCAGCACCUCCAUCAGCACAACCACCUCCAUCACCAUCUCCAUCAGCACAACCACCUCCAUCACCAUCUCCAUCAGCACCUCCACCACCACCUCCAUCUCCAACGGCACCUCCACCUCCAUUAGCACAAUCACCUCCAUCAGCACCUCCACCUCCACCAGCACCUCCAUUACCACCUCCAUCAGCACCUCCACCUCCACCAGCUCUUCCAUCAGCACCUUCAUCAGC